AUGAAGGUUCUUGUCCUUCUGCUUGUCACCCUUGCCGUGGUCUAUGCAGCUCCUGACCCCCGGGGAAUCCUAAUCAACCUGGAAGAUGGCGAGAUCUGCAUGAACAGUGCCCAGUGCAAGAGCAGCUGCUGCCAACACUUCAGCCCCCUGGGCGUGGCCCGCUGCACACGCAAGGCCAGCGAGAACAGCGAGUGCUCACCCAAGACACUCUAUGGGAUUUACUACAAGUGUCCCUGCGAGCGGGGCCUGACCUGUGAGUCGGACAGGACCAUUAUUGGCGCCAUCACCAACACCAACUAUGGUAUCUGCCUUGAUGCUGGACGCUCCAAGGAGUAA